AUGGUGACUCCCUGGCGCUUCUCUGUCAGGGUCUGCUUGUGGCACCUAAGGGGUUUUGAGCUUAGAAAGGAACUCAGCUUUUUAAGACCCUCUGGAUGCCCUGGAAAUUCCAGACUCUGUUGGCUUCUUUUUGGCACUUUGCCCAAACUUGUCUCAGUCUACGGGGACAUUGGUGAGGGGGCCCCUGAGAACUUGUGUCAGCAAAGGGCAAGUUGGAGUGACCUGGCUGCAAGUGGACCACCGGAGAGAGUCUCCCAAGAGGGGCUGCUAGGCUGCCUCCUCCUGCACCUCCGGAUCGGGCUCCGGGCUGGGGCUCUCUUGGUGAAAUUCUUUCCCCUCCUUCUACUCUACCCUCUCACCUACCUGGCUCCCAGCAUCUCCAGCCUCUGGCUCCAGCUGCUUCUGAAAGCCACUGAGACCUCAGGCUCAACGUACAUCAAACUGGGCCAGUGGGCCAGCACCCGGAGAGAUCUCUUCUCAGAGGCUUUCUGUGCCCAGUUCUCCAAGCUGCAUGUCCGGGUGACCCCACACCCUUGGACUCACACUGAGCAUGUCCUGCAGCAGGCCUUUGGAGAAGACUGGGGGAAGGUACUCUGCUUUGAGGAGCAGGAACCUGUGGGUUCAGGCUGUGUGGCCCAAGUGUACAAAGCACGUGCCAAUCCUGUCUUCCUGAAGAAUGACAGCAUCCAGAGACUUGCCAAGGCCUCCGGGCAGCAGCCUUGCUCAGAAGCUGGGACAGCUGGGAGGCUGAGAGAGCUCUCUGGACACCUAGAGAAGGGGUGGAGCUCUCAAGGAAGUCUUGCUGACCAGUCAUUUCUAGAAAGACUGCUUUUCCCUAGAGCUGGCUUGAUUGGAUCAGACGCAGUCAUGUCUCAGGCUUUGGCACCUGCGGACCUGCCGGAACCACAUCACCUCAUCCCUGUGGCAGUGAAAGUGCUGCACCCUGGCCUGCUCUCUCAGGUGCAAAUGGACCUGCUGCUGAUGAAGAUGGGCAGCCGAGUCCUUGCACUUUUGCCAGGAAUCAAGUGGCUUAGCUUGCCUGAGAUAGUGGAGGAAUUUGAGAAGCUCAUGGUCCAACAGAUCGACCUGCGCUACGAAGCUCGGAAUCUAGAGCACUUCCAGUGCAACUUCUUGAACGUGAAGUCUGUCAGAUUCCCCACCCCUCUGCACCCCUUUGUCACCAGGGAUGUUUUGGUGGAAACAUAUGAAGAGAGCGUGCCCGUGUCCAGUUACCAGCAGGCAGGGAUUCCCACUGACUUGAAGAGGAAGAUUGCUCGGCUGGGGAUCAACAUGAUCCUGAAGAUGAUAUUUGUGGACAACUUUGUCCAUGCAGACCUUCAUCCUGGGAACAUCCUGGUCCAGGGUGCUGAUGGUCUUUCCAAGAGCCAAGAGGCACGGCUGCAGCAGGUGGAUGUCUGUGACACGCUGGUGGUGUCUGCAACGCCUGCCCGGUGCCCGCUGCGCCUGGUGCUCCUGGAUGCUGGCAUCGUGGCUGAGCUGCAGGCCGCUGAUCUGAGGAACUUCCGGGCAGUUUUCAUGGCUGUGGCAAUGGGGCAGGGCCAAAGAGUGGCUGAGCUCAUCCUGCAUCAUGCUCGGGCCAGUGAGUGCAAGGACGUGGAGCGGUUCAAGGCUGAGAUGGCCACAUUGGUGACACAGGCCAGGAAGAACACUAUCACCCUGGAAAAGCUUCAAGUUUCCAGCCUUCUCUCGAAUGUGUUUAAGUUGCUGAUGACUCACAAGGUAAAACUUGAGAGCAACUUUGCCUCCAUCGUGUUUGCCAUCAUGGUGCUGGAGGGGCUUGGCCGCUCGCUGGACCCCAAGCUGGACAUCCUGGAGGCAGCAAAGCCCUUCCUGCUGAAAGGACUAGUGCCUUCCCCCUGACUGGCAGUGGGCGUGCAGCAGCCUCCCUCGCAGAGCUGGGGGCUUCCCAGCAGCCCUCUGGGGCCGCUUGGACAUGUACGAAUUGGGAUGUGUGGAGGGCACACCAUGGCUUUUCUCUCUGAUUUGGCUGCAGGCAUCUGUUUAAAUAGCUUUGGGUUAUUUGGGGAAGUAAAUGGAGGGAAGGGUCCUAUCCAUUCCGCUGUAGGAGCUGGGCCUGGUGGGAGACUCUGUUUCAGGGAAAAGGUUCUGUGAAGAAGG